AUGUCGACCGCGAGCGCCGGGUCGUCGGGUAGUAUCGUCAUAGGAGCGCGGCAUGGGUACGCGCGGAGGACGGCUCUCCGGAGCAGCCCCGGUCGGAGGAGGCUCCGGACGUGCGCGGGUAAGCUGAGUCAGCGGAAAACUCGUGGCUCCCGAGGGCUCUCCGUCGUCGCCGAGCAACACGGCAUAUCGUUAGAGGACGCGCGGGCGCUGUUCUCCAAGCGAUUCUGCAAGGGCAGUGGGGUGCACCUGGAGCUUCAGGAGACUCCGACCGGUCGCGGCCUCGUCGCCACCGCGCCCGUCGCGCCGGGCGACGUCCUCAUCACCGUCCCGUGGCGCGAAGCCAUCCACGUCCUCGAGGACGGGUACUCCGACGGCGACGACCUGCGCCUGGCGCUAGAGCUGCUGCACGUGCUGGACGACGGCGACGAGGACGGGUACAUAGACGGCGAGUAUGAUGCCAGGGUCAAGACCUGGAGGAAGUACCGCCCCAUGCUGCCGGUAUCCACCGGGGCGGCCGCGUUCUGGUGCGUCGAUAACAUCAGGGAGCUGCAGUUCCCGGAGGCUGUGGAGAAGACGCUGGCGCAACGCGCGGAGUUCACGGCGGGCGCUAUGCGGCACAGCAACGACUCGCGCACCAAGGAAAGGAUCAUGUGGGCGCUGCAGCAGGUGCACAGCAGGAGCUUCAGCGUGAUGACCCCGCAGGGACGGGCGCGUUGUCUGGUGCCCUACGUCGACCUCUUCAACCAUCGACCCGAGUCGCCCAAGGAGGCCAGGAUGACGGACGAGCUCCUGCAGCGCGCGUUACGAAAGGCGUUCACGAAAGGCAGCGAGGAGGGCAUCAACGACGGCGAGUGGGCGGGCGCCGAGCCGUGGCAGGUGGUCGGCCCGGACCCCGAGGACCUCGAGAACUGGGAGGACGCGGCUGUGUUUCAGAUGCGGUCCAUCUGGGCCUACGAACCUGGCGAGGAGGUGUUCAUCACGUACGGUCACGAAACCUCCGCGGAGUUGCUGACGUCGUACGGGUUCUUCCCCGAGCCCAACGACGGCGAAUUCAUCAGGGUGUACGAAAACGUCCAGGACCUCAUCGACGACGAUCGGUUCGUGGAUGAAGAGUUGAACUCUCCCGCGCUGCAGAUGGAGAAGGAGCAGUUCAUGUGGUCGAUGCUCGCGGUGGAGGCCCCGCUCGCGAUAAGGCCGGGCGGCGUACGCGAAUCCGCGCACUUGCUCAGCGCCCUGCGCGUCGUACACGCGCGCGAGAACCAGCUCGCCGCGAUGAGGGACGACGACGUUCCGAGGAUCGGUCACAGCACGUUCGUGUGGACGGAGGGCGACGAGCCGUGCGGCAUGUGGGACCCCGACCGGUUCCUCUCCUGCUUCUUCGACGAGUCAUGCGACAGCGACGAGUGGCUCUGGGACGACGACGACGCGAGGGACAGGGACGCGACCGACCGCGCCGCGCUCGCGCAGGCGUGCGCCAGGUGCGAGGAGAUCCUGCGCGACGAUUUCGCCACGACGCUCGAGGAGGACCAGGUCAUGCUCGACGAGAUCGAGGAGGCCAUCCGCGGGCUCUCUCCGGAGGAAGCGGAUGAAGACCCGGAGGGACACCUGGAGUACGUCGCGGCGCUGAGGUACAGGAUGAGCGUCAAGCGGAUCCUGCGGGACUUCAUCAGCGAGUGCAAGCGGGCGUACGGCGUGGAGGCCGAGGCGUUGAAGGCUGAACCCGAAUUUGAGUACAUCGAGUGAUGA